CGCUGCGGCCUACAAACGCACUAAACUUCAGCCCCGCGGACUGACCGCAGUGCACUCAGCUGCAAUAGAGCAGCAUGCUUUCCCAUGCGAUCACAAAACCGCUCGUAUUACUCGCAGUUGUGCGUGCGUACGUGUUUAUAGGGCGCUAAUCUGACAGAGUUGCUCAUUUUUUGAGCUCAGCGCAUUGUGUACUGUCGCUAGAUUGGAGCGGCGCCAGCUGGAGCUGGUGCUGUUAGCGCGUUAGCUUUUUUUUUGUGUCUGCCCGGAGUGCAAAUUUUUGACAAAGGCCGGUUCGUCUGACACCCCAUCGACACUGCAGGCGUGCGACGCGACGCUACCCCGACUAGAACGCUAGCAGUAUAUCUUAAACUGAGGAGCUCUUUGCAGUGCGUUACAAGCAGCCAAAGAGCCCUUUUCGCGCGUUUGCGGGAUGAUAGUUUCGUAAAUUUAUAAUGGAAUGUUUGCGUUCUAUAGCAUAUCUGUGGCGUCGCGUCGCGUAGCAACCACUCGUUUUUUGCGUUCGACUCGCUGUUCGUUUUCGUUUUCAGUAAGAUUGGCGAUUUGUUUUUUUCAGGGACUGUGCGGAACAAAAUAUUGGUUGUCAAAUGACCAGCAUCCCCUGAUACUAAAUACAUGAAAGAACUUUUUGUUUAUUGUGUUACACUACGCAUGCGCGUGUACUUGACCGGGUUCAUCGCUGAAUGGUUAUAUUUUAAUAUUUCAACCCUAAAUGGAACAAACGGUGUAAAGAAAGAAUAGAUACGGACCGGCCUACUUAUGAUAUAUUUGCACUGCGUUUUUGAUCUCUGAAGCAUCAUCUGUAUAGAAAAACCCGAGGACGGAUGGAGUACCUAGUGAAAUGGAAAGGAUGGGCAAUAAAGUACAGCACAUGGGAACCUGAGGAGAACAUCCUUGAUGAACGACUCGUUGCAGCAUUUGAACAAAAAGAGCGGGAGCAGGAGAUGUAUGGACCUAAAAAGAGGGGCCCGAAACCUAAAACAUUGCUUCUGAAGUCAAGAGCGCAGGUUGCAGAGACUUCCUCACGAGUCCCAGAGUUCAAGCACACUCGUCCCCAGCAGCAUUCCAAGCUCCCUCUGCCCUCGGCUGUACCGUCCUAUACCCCAACCGCUCCUUCUAACGCUAAACUGCAAUCGGGCACCGCUCAACCCAAACUGAAGAAAGAUAUUCACCGCUGCCAUCGCAUGGCACGUCGACCCUUGCCCCGCCUAGACCAAACAGUCGGCCCCUCCAAUCCUUUUUCUUCCCGUCCGACAGUGAGUCCUUUCUCAGAAACUGUCCGCAUUCUCAAUCGUAAAGUCAAACCCAGGGAAGUGAAGAAAGGACGGGUCAUUCUGAACCUCAAAGUGGUCGACAAGGCUGGGAAUGGUGGAGUUGCUAAUAGUAGAAGGACGCAUGUGCCCUCUGCCCAGCAGUCCCAUUUUGGUCGGCAGAAGAUUCCUUCCCGAAACAGGGUGAUUGGGAAAAACAGGCGAUUUGGAGAGGUGUCCUACCGAGGAAUCCAGCCCCCUAUUAGAAGUUCUGGGUUUCCUGUUUUCGGAAAACUCUUUGAUUCUCACUCCCUGAAAAAUGCAGAGAAUCAGACUCAAAGCGGAGAGAGUCGUAAUAACACAACAAACAAUCUCUCUUCCUCCCAAAGUUCAAAGCUGGACGCAUCCAAAAGUCAGACUCUUGAUGGACUGCCUCCAUCAAACUCGAGCUCUGAAGUUUCUGACGGCGAACCACCCUCCCCACAACAAACCCAAUCCCAGCAUUCCUCAUUGCCACCCAAAGCCUCCGCAAGCAAGUCCCAAGAUCCUGCCCUUCACAAACUCAGCGCCCAACCUGUGGCAUCCAAAAACAGCUCGGGUCCUUCUGCUCUUCCAUCUUCUCCUAUGUUUUCCUCAUCAUCCUCUGCCUCGUCAUCCUCUGAAGACAACGAACACAUCUUGGACCUUUCCGUACCUCAUGAAAUGGACAGGCGAUCACGACGACGCCAUCCCUUCUCUGGCCGCCAUCCGCUAAAGGUCCCAGAGGUGCCCGUGUCCGAGGAACCGUCGGAGGAAGAGGAAGAUUUGGACUGGCAUCCUGACAUGAGCUCCCGGUGUGCCAAUGUGGUUGUCACGGACAUCACAGCUAACCUUUUCACCGUCACGAUCAAGGAGUUCUGUCAUCCACCAUCCGCUACUCCUCCUCCCUGCUACCCCAAAAAUACAUCAGCUCAACAUGACACAAAACAGCCAAAGCACCACCCCAACAAAACAUGAGUGCGGACACCACAGAUACUGCAUCUUCCUGCCUUCAGAAGGGAUUUUAGGAGGUUUGUUAGUAAUUUGUUUACAGUUUCUGCUGCCCGGUGCUCAUGUGAGUCUUUAAGAGAUGUGGGCAAGCUGUCCACUCUACAACACUGUGCCAUGACUUUUAUUACCAUGAAAGAAUGUCUCUUGACUCACUGUGUUUAAUCUGAACACAUGGACCUUUCUAAAGAUGUAUCUCUCAACAAUGGCUUCUUUAAAGAUGUGCCAAGCAACUUCCUGUAUGGUAUUUAUUCCAUAUAUAUUAUAUCCUUACUCACUGGUUUGUAUGUGUACACUACUGUUCAAAAGUUUGGUGCUGGUAAGGUUUUUGUAUAGUUUUUUUUUUUUUUUGCAAGUACAAACAGUAUUCUCAAAUCUUAUUAGAUUCUAUUUUAACAUUUUAAAUUUAUAUAUUUCUAUGAUGGCAGAUGUGACUUCAGCAGCUAUUACUGCAGUCACAUGAUCCUUAAGAAAUCAUUCUAAUUUGAGCUCAAGAAAUAUUCCUUUUUCAUAUGAUUGGUAAAAAUGGUUGUGGCGCAAUAUUUUUUUGUAGAAACUUGAAUUUUCAUAAAGUUACAGUGUACUUGUAUUUCAACAAUUUAGUGCAUCCUUUUUCUUUAAAAAAAUUAAACUAUAGUGAUUCUAAGCUUUUGAACAGCAGUAUAAAAUAUGAACCAAGUAUUAUCUGCAUCUUCAUACUCAGUUCCAUACUGGAUUCUAUUUACUGUGGCAUUUUCAGUUAUUUCUGUGAGUGAAUGUAUUAUGUAUAGCAUCAAUAGCUUUCAAUUGUGCUUGUGCUGUAAACCACAACUGGGGCCUCAAUUUAAGAACUCUUUAGUAAUGUAAAAGUAUAUUUUAGGGUCUAAAUUUAUUUAAUUAAUAGUAAUAGUCAACAGGGCAAUUUAUUGAUGAAAUUACCUGCAGUAAUUGUUGAAUAUUCAAAAGGAAAUGAACUAAAUUGUCAUUAGGACAGCAGAAUGCAGUUUCUUUGCUUGUAAGAAAUAUUUAUAUAAACAAAUAGAAAAGGUUGUUGCGCCAAACACUCAUCCAAACACUCAGUCCGGUAGACCAUAAGAUGCAUAGAUGCAAAAAAUGUGAGUGUGGAUCUUUUGUGUCUAAGAAAUAUUUAUAGCCAUAAAACUUUCUCAGUUCACCCACCAGUUCGUUCUGGAACCUGGUUAUUUUUAUUUAUAGUUAGGCUUCGGCAAAUGGCAGGACUCCUAACACAAACACCUCCACCUUUAAGCAUUUCCAUUUCUUAUAGCCAGCACCUUCAUAAUGAGGCAGAAUAACAACAUCUGUGGUCAACAGCUCAACCAUUUGUGUCAAACUUGUAUGUUUUACCAAGUGUUUAUAGUGCUGUCCUGCUCACUGUCCCUUUUCGCCAAGGUUUCUGUUAAUAGUUAGAAAUACUCAGGUGAGAGGAGUAGAGAGAAUGAAGAACAGGAGGUUUUGUUGUUGCUAAGCUGAAAUGCAGAUUUAAUGCUCAAUGUUGAGGAACCUAAGCCUGCUCCUGUGCUUUUUCUAGAUUUCCCCCAAUCCAUUUAUCUGGAAUAUUACCUGUUAUUUAAUGACUAGUGUAUUUAUGGUAAAAAAUAUAUAUAUAUUUAUGUUUUCCUUUUUAAAGACAAGUUGGUUCAAUUUAAGCUAUUUUGCUCUAUUGUAGAAGAGACUCGAUAUUUGUGCUGUAAAAAGCUAUGAGGUCAAAUGAAGUCCAUAAGAUCUAGCGCUUUAUCUCUCGAUUUCAGUUCAAACAGACAUGUCGCCUAGUUGUCACUCACAAGUAUCAUCCUGCUCUCUCUUUAUCGACAGGGAUAUAUAAAUCUCAGCAGAGAGAGUGUGGAGUCUGCGACUUUGAAUCCGGAGAAAGAGUAUUUGCUUAGACUUUGCCGAAGAGCCUUCUGGGAAAAGCGAGCUUUUGAUCUAAUCCUGAUGUGGUUGGAACAGUCUCUACCCUCCAGUUAGGCUUUAAUGAGAAGUGAAGUUUAAACCCCAUGGGCUUGGGUCUUGAUGCAAGCCAGUGUCAGGUUUUGAAUAAGAAGAGGCACAAGCGAAACACACUAGCCUGAUAAAGUGGAUGGUGAUAUCAUUGAUAUGGAAACAUUUGCUGUGGCCAAACACAAUGCUUAGGGUCAUAAAAUGAGCUCAUAGUGUAGUUCCCCUUAUGUUCUCAGUGUGCCUUGUUCUCAAUGUCUUACAAGCCUUCUGUAUACCUUAUUUUGAAGUCAGGACUUGACUGACCUUAAAAACUAAUUGCCAGAAGCGCUACACUAGAUUACAUUAACUUUAAUUUAUGUGAUGUUGCUAUUUAAAAUUCAUUGUGUAGUCUCAUUAAUGUGUUAAUCGUCAUGUGCAUUUUUGGUCUGAUUCAGAGUAGGUUAUAACAACUUAUGAACUUUUGUUUAUUUUUAGUUUCUUAUGAAAUUCUAUUCUUGUCAUCAAGAUUAAGCUUUCAGUCCUGCUCUCUGCAGCUUACACCAACUUUGUUGGUCCUAAAGCCCUGAUAUUUUCAGCAAACACUGACUCUUCUGAGCCUUAUGGGCUUCCCUUGUAAUCCCACUUAACCAGCACUCCAAGACUUGUGCAUGGAGAGAGACUGAGAAUGAAGAUUUCCUCUCAAAAUCCCUGUCAGGAGAUUGGCUCUGAGUUCAGCGCAUCAUUCUGUUCAUCCCGCUGAAUCCCGACUCUUAUUAUUCCUCCACAUCUGCUGACAGUUUAGCUCAAACCUCCACGAUGAAGAUGUUUUAAGGACACACUCUCUCGUCGACCUGCAUAAAAUGGAUUUUUAUUGUAAUGGAGUUGUUUGUUCAGCCAUAUUGUUUGUUUAGCCAUAUUCUUUUUUUUGUUUGUUUUCUUUAAAUGGCAAAUUUGAGGGAUUGGAAAUUCCUCAGCACUUAGAAUGCAUGUUUUCACGUUUGUGUUAUUUAAGAAGAUUAAACAUCAAUGCACUCGUGCCUUUGUUGCAAAGGAAGAGGUUUUGAAUAUGUAAAUACUUUCGAAAUGAUCAGACAUAAUUUUUUAUUUUGGUGUGAUUCAUUUGAGUGAAGUUUGAAUAUGUGGCAUUCAUUUCUUAGUAAGAGCAUGCAGCUCUGGUUUCAUGUACGUCAGAAUGGGCAUGACUUUCCCAUUACUUCAUAUACAAAGCAUUGUGUUAAACUUUUUGUUACGUUGCCUUGACAAAGCCAAUGAAAUAUACUAUACACAUUGUUCAAACUACAUCCAGCAGACCCAUCACUGUCCUUCAGACUGUUCCUUUCUAAUGCCACUUACUUGAUUUCACAAGAUUAUUAAAUAUCCUAUAGCUUUUAAUGGGAAGUUUCUAACUGUAGUUCUUACGCUACGUCAACCAAACACCUUAUAAUAGGUGAAUAUACUUCUAGUGAACCUUCAAACUUUCAAGCCAACAUUCAAUCACAUCUGUAGUGAUAGCCGAAGCUUGUAAAGCACACAGAAUACGCGCAGAUCAUUAAUGCCCCACACGUUUGAGAAUAAUCCCUUAGUUCACUGUGUAACUUCUGAUCUGUUCUGUGCAGUUUGACAUUGAUCUGGCUUCAUUUGUGAUUAUGUGUUUGAGACAGAAAGGGAAUAUAUUUUGAAUCUCCAUUAUUAUAUGUUCUGAGUUAUAAACUCCCAUCUCGUUGUGAUUGUUUUCGCUGUAAUGUUGAACCCUGUGUGAACGUUUGACUUUUUUCACCGUCUUGUUAGCCGGUGAUGAUUACGUGAAUGAUUCCUGCUUUCAGUGUCCUUUUGAUUCGGUCGUUUUUUGUUGUAAAUAUGAAUUUUUAUAUAAUAACUUCAUGCUUGAUUUUUAUUCUGUACUGGCCAUAGCAAAACGAUAAUUAUUUUUCAUUGCUUUGCUUAUGUAUUGUGUACAGAUUUGUAAUUGACAAAGUGUUGAAAAUCAUGGCAAUUUUUGUACCGUCUUUGAAGUAGAAGUGUAGCUAAGCUCACUGACCCUGUUUUAAUAAAGGAAUUGCAUUUGUGAUUUUGAUAA